AUGGCGGAUAGGGGAAGCACGGGCGCGCAGGCGAGGCUUCCGGCGGCUGCAGUGGCGGAAACAGCACCGUCGCUGCGCGCGAGCGUGGGCGGCAGUGCGAGUCCGGGGAGAGGGGGAGAUGGGGGAGGGGUGGAUGGGGGAGGAGGAGAGGGGGGAUGGGGAGGCGGGGACCUCAGGGUGAACGACGCAUGGGAGCAGGGAGCUGUGAGGCGGCGCAUCCCCUGCAUCCCCCUCUCCCUCCGCAUACCCCUCUCCCUCUGCAUCCCCAUCUCCCUCCCCAUCCCCCUCUCCCUCCGCAUCCCCCUCUCCCUCCGCAUCCCCCUCUCCCUCCGCAUCCCCCUCUCCCUACGCAUCCCCCUCUCCCUCCGCGUCCCCCUCUCCCUCCGCAUCCCCCUCUCCCUCUGCAUCCCCCUCUCCCUCCGCAUCCCCCUCUCCCUCCGCAUCCCCCUCUCCCUCCGCAUCCCCCUCUCCCUCCGCAUCCCCCUCUCCCUCCGCAUCCCCCUCUCCCUCCGCAUCCCCCUCUCCCUCCGCAUCCCCCUCUCCCUCCACAUCCCCCUCUCCCAUGUCGCUUCACACAUGCCCAUUCACCCAUGUUUCUGCCUUCAUGCGCCCAUCCUCUUCUUCCAUGCCUUUUACCAGCGUGACAUCACCAUUUCUCCUCUCGACAGUUCUUUCAGUGACUUCUCCAUUGAACAAUCAUUCCGCAACAAAUUCCUGUCACCUGCUGGCCUUGCCACACCCCUUGCAGUCACCUGCUGGCCUUGCCACACCUCUUGCAAUCACUUCCGCCAACCACGGGUAGAGCAGCACAGGGACGUGCAACGUCCCGCCUCCCCUGUCCACGUCCCGCCUCCCGUCGCUUCAGCAUUUGCCAGUGCUGCAGCCUGGAGGCUUUUAUGGCGUCUCAAUGCUCUCAUGGGAGCUGGGGGCGUUGUGCUGGCAUGGCUGAAGGAGGUGGGGCAGGAGAAGAAGGUCCCGCCUUUCCCCUUCACAUCCCUCCCCCCCCCCCAACCCUCCCCUCCGCAUUCCACGUCCCACACCUCUCUGCUUAACCCCCUGCGCAUGGGAGCAGGGAGCGACGUGCUAGCAUCACUGAAGGAGCUACCCACGCACAGGGAGCGAUGCGGCGGCGGGUGCUGGCAGGGCUGGCAGGGGCAGGCGGUGCGCAGCCGAAGGGCCAAGUUUGUGGUGCUGGCGCCUAACGUGGAGGAGGUGAGUGGGCAGGUGAGGGGGGAAAGGUAG